AUGCCUUCUUCUCGGAACGACGAGCUACGCCUCUUUACCCCUGUUGGUAUGUUAGGAUAUGGCUAUAGCCAUGAUGUAUUUUGGUCGACCAUCGAGCAAGGCGUGGAUGCCAUCAUCGCCGACUCCGGCUCAACGGACAGCGGGCCAUCCAAGCUUGCGCUGGGGACAAUGUCUUGCCCUCGAGAAGCAUAUCAGCACGAUCUCGAGCCAUUCAUUGCGGCAGCGCAUUCACACAAAGUCCCAGUCAUCAUCGGCAGCGCGGGAGGGGACGGCUCCAAUGAUCAUGUCGACACUUUUGCUGAUAUCAUUCAAGAUAUUGUCAAGAAAAACGGUUAUCGUCCAAUGAAAUUGGUCAAGAUAUAUUCAGAAAUCAACAAAGAAGUUGUCCAAGAGAAACUGUCGGCCAACCUAAUAGUACCAUGUGGUUCCGCCGUACCGCCUCUGCAAGAGAACGAUGUUAGGGAUGCUUCUGUCGUCGUCGCGCAGAUGGGCCUGGAACCGUACAGAAAGGCCAUGGAAGAGUUCCCAGAUUUCGAUAUCAUAAUUGGUGGUCGCACCUAUGAUCCAUCACCGUACGCUGCAUUCUGUAUCCACAAAGGCUUUGACGACUUGGGGAUAGCAUAUCAUAUGGGCAAAAUAUUGGAAUGUGGAGGGCUCUGUGCAAAGCCAAAGAGCAGGGAAGCAAUGGCAAUCGUCAGAAGGGAUCAUUUUGACAUUGUACCCAAUAAUCCAACUGCCGUGUGCACUCCGGUUUCGGUCGCUGCUCACACCCUGUACGAAAAGACUCGACCAGACAUUCUCGUGGGCCCGGGCGGCACUUUGGAUCUCAGAGCCACAACCUACGAACAGCUUCUAGACGGCAGAACAGUCCGUGUCCGAGGAGCAAUAUUCACUCUUACUUCGCCGGGGGAGUACACAAUCAAGCUCGAGGGUGCUCGCAUCGCGGGCUAUCGCAGCGCAUUCUUCGGAGGUUUCAGUGACCCGGUCUUGAUUGCCCAGCUUGACGUCUUCAUUGAGAAUGUUAGGGCUCACGUUGCAUCGGUUUGCAAGUUUGAGCAUGAGCUCAAGCUGACUGCUUAUGGCAUCGGCGACCAUAUCAGCAUGUUCAAAGGAGUAAAGCAUGCCUCUGAGCAAAUUCCCGCGUCAGCAGCAAUUGCAGGUGAAGCCAAAGCAGCUACCCAAGAGCAAGCCACUCGUGUCAUUAAUGCCACUAGGGUGGCUUGUAUGCAUGCUUCAUAUCCUGGUCAGAUGUCCACAUCAGGGAACCUCGCAAUGUCUUGUGGGUCGUUUGACGUCCCGAUGGGAAGAGUUUGUGAAUUCUGCAUCUACCAUCUGAUGACGGUAGAUGAUCCUGUUGCUCACUUUCCUAGGAAGAUGGUACGGUUGCAUGGUCCAGGAACAGCAGCGAGUUCUACACCGGUCAAGGUACUUGCAGGUCUCACCGAAAAGACGGUUCCGAAGGCGACUCAAACAAAGGUCGAGAACAACAACCGAAAUUUGUCCCCACCCCCGCGAGAUGGUUAUCAGUAUUUGGCCGAACUCGCCUCGGUCGUGCGGUCCAAGAAUGCUGGCCCGUAUGAGGUGACGUUUGAUAUAAUGUUUGAUAAGCCAGAGAACUACGCUUGGGUAAAAGAAACUUGUGUCCUUUCCAGCUCGAGCGUUGCGUGUAUGUAUGGUAUUGAUGAGUCGGAGGUUCUAGCAGCGGUUUGGUGGGAGCCUGCCCUUGCUUUCAAAGCCACACUGAAAAGACCCCUCGUAUCUGGAGGCUUUGGUGAAACAGAUACGCACGGUAGUUGUCAACACGUCAGGCUCAUGUACCUGGAAGUUCCCAAGCCAAAGAUUGGCAACGGGAGGUCCGAGCAUUGA